GUAACCAGAGCCACCAACACACUACGUUGUCAAUCCCGCUGGAGAUUUCCCCGCAUUUUGCCACGACUACUGCGCUUUCCGGCCCCCUGGGUGAGGAUGGGAUUACCAUUCUGGCAAGAAUGGCAACUUGGCGCGCUGAACAUGUGGGGCUACUUGAUCCGCACAUAUCCUCACCUGCUACAUUGACACCAGUUGCUCGUGCUGGCAGUGUUUGAAGUCUACACCGCGACAAGUCAACAUGACCCCAGCACUGGUAGAUUCUUCAUCCGCUUCUGGAGCCCAUACACAGAAAUCUACUAUCAAGACACCGCUGCCAAACCCCUCGCUACAAGUCACCGCAGACCAUAAUUUGAAGCUGCAAGAAGCGUCUGUGUAUGCGCCAGGAAAGGGAGAAGUGUUGUUGCAUAUUAAGGCUACGGGUGUUUGCGGAUCUGACAUCCAUUUCUGGAAAGCUGGGAGAAUAGGUUCACUCGUCGUCGAAGGAGAUUGUAUCCUCGGCCAUGAAGCAGCUGGUAUAGUCUUACAAUGUGGUGAAGGUGUCACGAGUCUCAAGCCUGGCGACCGUGUAGCAGUUGAACCAGGCGUUCCAUGCGGCUCAUGUUUCCUCUGCAUGGACGGCCGAUACAACCUAUGUGAAGACGUCCAAUUCGCCGGUGUCUAUCCAUACCACGGUACAAUCCAACGCUACAAAACGCAUCCCGCGAAAUGGUGUCACAAACUCCCUUCAAGCGUAUCGUACGCCGAAGGCGCACUUCUCGAACCACUUUCCGUCGUGAUGCAUGGUAUCAAAUCCGCCGGCUUAUCUCUAGGAUGUGGCGCAGUAAUAUGCGGUGCGGGACCCAUCGGCCUCAUCGCGCUUGCUGCAGCGAGAGCAAGUGGAGCGCAUCCCCUCGUUGUCACGGAUCUUGAGCCAAAGCGAUUAGCGUUCGCAAAGCAAUUCGUACCAACGGCUUCCACGUACCAGGUCGAUCGCAAUCUAGAUGCGCAAGGCAACGCAAAGAAGAUUAGAGAGUUGUUCGACUUCGAGAACGUGGGCGAGUAUGGCGCACCGGAGACUGUGCUGGAGUGCACGGGUGUGGAGAGCAGUGUCGUUACUGCUGCGUAUACGGCGAGGAGAGGGGGGACGGUCAUGGUUAUCGGCGUGGGGAGGGAGAUUAUGAAUAAUCUUCCAUUUAUGCAUUUGAGUCUUGCCGAGAUCGAUCUUAAAUUCAUCAAUCGCUACCGCGAUACAUGGCCCUCUGGCCUUCAGUGCCUGGCUGGUGGUAUUCUUGAUCUGAAGCCGCUUGUCAGUCACACAUUUCCGUUGGAGAAGGCGCUUGAUGCGUUGCACACAUGUGGCGACUUGAGCAACGGCAGUAUCAAGGUGCAGAUCAUUGAUGAAGUGGAUGAUGUGUUGUAGAACGUUCAGCUCGGCGAAUCAAUGAUGUCAACGUUCGGCCUGAUAGAACGGUUAUUGACGCUCGCACUUUCUUUCGAUAGGUUAGAUGCCUUUUUCCCCGCACAACAUGUAACUUGAUUUUACCCCAGAUUAUACUAAUGAUCAUCCCACCAAUUACACCAUGGUUUCCAGCCUGCAAUUCUUCGGAGUACACUUCUGA